AUGUCCGCCGUAAAAUUUACGAAAUGUAAAGAAAAGUCUUUUCUUAGCAUGGAUAUACACAGGGACAGGAUACAAUUUGAUUAUCCGGCCGAGAUUUACGGCAAAAACCACAGAAUUGGUGAUAAGCCUAUUUUGGUGAAAGUUAAGGCUGUAAACGCGAAAAAAAUUUUUGUUAGCUCCAAUGACGCCUUAGGAAUAUUUUUUUUGAAAAAAGACGUGCCAAUUUACGUAACAAAGCCGGUCUACGAGCAGCUUGUACUACGCUUAAAGGAUUUACAGGGUUAUUUGGUGCAUUACGACGAAGAAGGAGAGAAAGCAGAUUUGUACGAUGUUAACGAAGUAGAUAUAGCAAGAACUGAGAGAAACGUAAUAUUCGUCACUUAUAAUGAAAUAAUCUACUUUGACGCGUUCAUGGUUGAAGUAGUGUCAUCAAAUACUUUUCUUGGCUGGUGCAACUUCAUCUUACACAUACAAAAAAAGAGGUUAGCAUACAUUUCGACAUUCUCGCUGAAAGGAAGGAUAUCUUUCAAAAUGGCACCUACAAACUUACAUAUGAUAAUUCUUAACCAGCACAAGAUUAAUAUACACGAGCUUGGCUUGGACGACUUCUUGCAGGUAUGCCAAGAUAACGCAAUAAAAAUAAUACCAGUCGACGUGUCUUCGAUGUUUCUCGAGCUGUUUUUGUUUCUUCUCAAUACUACGAAGGACAUGAGCAUACAGAUUUGCGUGGUGUCUCCCUUUUACAUGGAAAUAAACAGAGCCGUAAAUGGAUGCGGAAAAUGGCUUAACAAGAAGUUCAAAAUUGAUCAACACGAUCCGCUGCCAUUGAGUAUCAAAAAUGUUACCUGUUACAACGCGCUUUCUGAUAUAAGCGGAUUAGAAGACAACUCAAUCGUGUUUUGUACCAAGGAAGAAUUUGAUAUAACGAAUAACUCAAUCGACAGCUGCGCGUAUUACAGGGAAUUGAUCGAAAGAAUGGAUAAAAAAACUUAUGAAACUGAUGAGGAUGACAAGCAGCUAAAAUCGAUGCGUACAAAUGAAGAGAACACCAGCGAUGAGAACUCUGAAGAGGAUGAAAGAAUAAAGAACAUUAGAGCGGUAUUUAACAGCACAGAUAAGAAUGUACUCAUCGAUUUUGUCAUAGCAUCUAUUCUAAAAGGUGACACAGUAAAAGCAAAACAUCUUUUUAACAGGAAAUAUGUGGUGCUGAACGUGAUGAACUAUGAUAUGGAAAGUGACUACGCGUUUAAUUUGAAUUUAUGUUCCACAAUACCUGAAAUGAGAUCAUUCUAUGGAAAUCCUGUUAUUGCUAGCAACAUGGAUAGUAAUUUGGAAGGAAAUGAUGUUUUUAUGACAAAUGAGGAAAUAUACGUGAUAGAUAUACCGAAAAUUGAUUAUUACGUUUACAAUAUUAAAAACGUGGAAAGAAUACCAGCUGGUAAUAAUUUGCUGCUCUUUGACGGCAAAAUUAGAAAUGAAAGACUGAUAUGUAGGAAGAAUCAGUUAAAAAAGAUGUUUAGAGAGACGUAUUAUCUUCAUGAUGGGAUCUAUUUCUUUCCAGGUUUGAGAAAAAGGGUUUGGUUUGAAAGCGAUAAAUUUUAUAUUACGGAUUAUUAAGCUGAAAAAUGAGUUAUAAAGUUAAAGAAUGUAGUUAGCACUAUAGGAUCGAUAUGCCAAAUAUUUGUGUUAGUACGAUUAUUCUUCAUUCUUGUAUAUGUUCAUAUAGGGGCCUAUUACUGGUACAAACACUUACAUAAUAGUGCAUGUAUAAGCAAGCAAAUAACGAAAAUAUGAAAAGGACUCGAAUAAAAUAAUUGAUUCUGUACGAUCGGAAAAACGAUUAUUUUGCUCCAAUACUGUCAGCUGUCUGUACCCGCAUGUACUCUAAUAAGUAAAAUCUUG